AUGUCUUAUCAAGGAUAUGGCCAGCCCUACGGCCAACCGCCGCCUCCCCAGGGCUAUGGCCAGUAUCCCCCUCCUCAACAGGGCCAAUAUCCUCCUCAACAGCAGGGCCAGUACCCUCCUCCUCAUGGGCAAUAUCCUCCAGCCCAGCAAGGGCAAUACGGCCAGCAUCCUCCCCCUCAGCAGGGAGGCUAUUACCAGUCUCCCCCGCCCCCUCCCGGCCAAUAUCCCCCACCACAAGCGCCCUACGGACAGCCGCCGCCUCAGCAAUACGGGGCUCCUCCUCCUCAACACCAGCAACCCUACGGAGCGCCUCCUCCAGUGCAGCCUACGCCGCCGUCUAUUGGCUAUGGCGCACCCCAGAUCAUUCAAUGGGACGGCACCCCAGAUGCCCAGGCUUUGCGCGGGGCCAUGAAAGGCUUUGGAACGGACGAGAAGACACUGAUUAAUGUUCUCUCGCGAAAAGACCCGCUACAGAUUGAGGUGAUCCGAUCCACUUACGAGCGCACCUUCAAGCGCAGGCUGGUAGAGGAUAUAAAGAGCGAGACAAGGAGUUGGUUCGAAUUUGGUCUGGUGCAGCUUGCCCGUGGUCCACUGCUGGCUGACAUUCAUAACUUGUUCGAUGCCAUGGCCGGCCCGGGAACGAAGGAGAUUGUCAUGAAUGAUAUUCUGCUGUCAAGAUCCAACGCCGACCUGAGGGCUAUCAAGAGCGCGUAUCAGCAAACAUUCCGACGAAGCUUGGAGAACGAUGUCAAGGGUGAACUGAGCUUCAAGACGGAGAGGCACUUCUUGAUAGUGCUGGCUGCUAAUCGGGCGGAGGACUCAGCGCCAGUAAAUCCACAGCAGGUGGAGGAGGACGUCAUGAACAUCUACAGGGCGACCGAGGGCAAGGUUGGCACCGACGAGAUUCUGGUUUGCAGCAUUCUAAGCAACAGAAACGACAACCAGAUCCGAGCCGUCGCCCAUACCUACAAGCAAAAGUUCAACCGCGACUUGGAUACCGUAAUUCAGAGCGAAUUCUCUGGCCACAUGAGAGAUGCUCUACUAUUUCAGCUUCGUCAUGCUGUUGAUAAAUAUAUGCACGCUGCGCAGCUUUUGGAGGAUUCCAUGGCCGGCUUGGGCACCAAGGACCAUCUCCUCAUUUCUCGAACCAUCCGUUUCCACUGGGAUCGGAACGAGCUUGCAAACGUCAAGGGGGCCUAUCAGCAUCGGUACAAGAAGCCAUUGGCCACUCGUAUCAGAGGAGAGACAUCUGGCGAUUACCAGAAGCUGAUGGUUGCCUGUGUUGGAGAGUGA